AUUCUACAGACAUAUGACAAGCUAGGCCGGCCCAAUGGCCCUCCAUCCAUUUUGAUGGAGGCCCAAAUGAGGCAACUCAUUGUUGAGCCGAGUUCACAUAAACACCAGCUCGUCCAAUGGCAGCAGGCAAUCACUCGAAAGGUCAGAACUGUUUCUGAUGUAAACCAAGCAGUGUCGAUACCGCCUCCCUUCCUCCGACGCGAUUCUGCAAGUUAGGGUUUUUUUCCUCAAGUCUGUUGUGUUCCAUGCUCUAACCAACCUCUGUACUUUACGUCAUAUCUCGCAAACAUGAAGGCUCGGACCUCGAAAGGCGAACGCCAUGAGAAGAGAGAACACAUCAAGGGCUCAAAGUCAUUCAAGAACCAGAAGAAGAAUAAUAUGGUAAGGAUGGGUGGGGCGGGUCUUUCGCUUGAGGCCUUUGCUAAUGCCAAAUCAAGGAAUGAUGGCUACAGUCCAGCUUUGAUCAAGAAGCGUCGGGAAUUCUAUAGGAAUGCCAAGUUUGUGCGCAGGUAUAAGAAGACACUAAAGCAAGAAACUCAACAUAGUGAUCUUUUGUCAGUCAUAAAGCCAUUGGAGGAAGAGAGUGAUGAAAGAGAUGCUAGGAAGAUGAGUAAGGACAAGAACGGAAGGAAGAGCAGGUCCAACAGUUUGAGAGACUUAUACGAGAGGAAAUGGGAGGAGGAAGAGAAGGCCAGGAUCGAAAGAGAAGCAACUAUGCAAGCAAAGGAGGAGGAAAGAGAAAGAGCCAUAGCUCGGAGGAAAGCUAUGAGAGAAAAGAUGUUUAAGAAGACACAUUCGGGUCAGCCUCAAAUGAAGUACAGGAUUGAGCAUCUUUUACAAACUCUUCAAGGUUCUACAACUUAGACAUGCUAAAUGUUCAUAUGCAAUUGUUCCUAACUCGGUAGCGUGUAAGCUUGCUGCCAAACUUUAAAGUUGGAUAUUUUGCUUAUUGUAAGAUAAUGUUGCUCCA